CCGCCGUGUUCGCGCCGCGACGCCCGCGCGACUCGCAGCCUCGAUGGAUCGACUGGAUCGACAGUCCGACAGAUCGUUCCGAUCAUUCGGCGGUAUCGAUCGGCGUGCGUCGGGUGCAGCAGGUGCAGCCUGUCAUAUUUACUGAUCCUCGCUCGGGACUCGGGACUCUGGAUAUUCUCCGGACUCUCCCUCGGGAAUCGCGGCCAUCGCGUCGCGCGACGACGGAACGUGUGUUAUCCCACGAUUGACGAUUGUUCGUGCAAUCGCGUCGAGCCCGCGUCGUCGUGUCGCGGUGAUUCCAUCGCGAUCAUCCCACAGGAGGCUCCUCCUCCGUCGGUCCGUCGUCUCCUCCUUUUUCCACGGGGUAACCAAGCACCGCGGGGGGCCAUUUUUGUCCGCCUCCUGGAUUCUCGAGGGCCAGACGUGCCUGUCCCGCGCGAUUCGCGAUGACGGAGACGAACAGCGCCGCGAAUCUCAACACCAAGAACGGCAACUUCAUCUGCGGCGUGGUGGAAGGUUUCUACGGACGACCAUGGACCACCGAGCAACGAAAGGAUCUAUUCCAAAAGUUGAAGAAAUGGGGAAUGGACUCUUAUCUGUAUGCGCCAAAGGACGAUUACAAACAUCGCGCUUAUUGGAGGGAUCUGUAUACCGUAGAAGAAGCCGAACAUCUGACUGGUCUAAUUACAGCUGCUAGGGAAUACGGGAUAACAUUUUACUACGCAUUAUCCCCAGGAUUAGAUAUCACGUAUUCCAGUUCGAAGGAAGUCACUGCAUUGAAGAGAAAACUGGAGCAAGUCAGCCAGUUUGGUUGUACAGCAUUUGCAUUGUUAUUCGAUGAUAUAGAGCCAGAAAUGAGUGAAGCUGACAAAGAAGUGUUUCAGUCUUUCGCACAAGCACAAGUUUCUGUCACAAAUGAUAUUUUUCAACAUCUUGGUCAACCUCGUUUUCUUCUGUGUCCCACGCAAUAUUGCGCAACGCGCGCGAUGCCAAAUGUCGCGUCUUCGGAAUAUCUCAACACUCUUGGAAGUAAAUUAGCUCAGGAAAUUGACAUAAUGUGGACUGGACCUAAAGUCAUAUCGAGACUUUUAACUGUCGAGUCCAUCGAAGAAAUCACAGAAGUGCUCAGGAGACCACCUGUUAUCUGGGAUAACUUACAUGCCAACGACUACGAUCAGAAGAGAGUGUUUCUUGGGCCGUAUUCUGGUCGUUCUCCUGAUCUUAUACCUAAGCUCAGAGGAGUUUUAACUAAUCCUAAUUGCGAAUACGGAGCGAAUUUUAUAGCAAUUCAUACAUUGGCUCAAUGGAGCAGAUGUAAUGUGGAUGGAAAAAGAGACCUAAGUCUAAAUGAUACUGUAUCAGCAGACAUUAAAUUAGAAACCGAGACAGAGGAUGGCGUUCUCGGUGAAGAUGUUCCGUCAACAUUAUCGCCGAAUAUGUAUCAUCCUCGACAGGCUCUGAAAAAUGCGAUAAGCGAAUGGUUGUUAGAAUUCAACAAGAAGAAAGCAGCUUGGGGGGUAAUAGCCAAGCCGCAGCCAUGUGUCGCUCCUACGAUACCUAUCCCAAUAAUUCCCUCCGUGAACACGUGUAUGAGUCUUACGUCGACGACAACCACCACAGUUUCUGCCACACCCACGCCUGUGGCGAAUUCUAAUCAUCUUCAAGCAUUAGCCGAAGUUUGCUCAAGUGUAACAGGUAGCGAUAGUUUCAUACCUCCGUCUGGGCCUGUGAUGAAUUCUCUAGUGUCAGACAUAAAGGUGAUCAGCGAGCCUGUCCUGUCUACGUUAUCCACCUCAACCGGAUUGUCUUCUAUAGAACCUAUGGACUGUAAUACGACUCCAAAUAACUCGCCGGCGCAUAUAGCAAAAAUUCCAGCGGAGGAUGACGCUAUGGUAGAUAACACUUCUACAUGCAGCGAAGCUUCCGGAAGUAUGCAAGUAGAAGUGGACGGCACUUCUCCAAUGGUCAAUGGUACACAAAUGAUUAUAGAGAACGAUAGCGAAAAUCAUGAGAGUUCCGAUAACGCGGAUGUGGUAUCACAGGAACCUGUGGAUAUCGAUAAACAACUCACACAUGAGGAUCUAUCGCUCUUAUGCGAUCUAUUUUACUUGCCGUUUGAGCAUGGAGGUCAAGGAAUUCAAUUGUUACAAGAAUUUAAUUGGUUGAAGAGCAACGCUUAUGUUGUUAUGAAGAAGUCCAAGGAAGAAGAUCCAACGUCUGAGUCAGACAUUGAAGAAUGGCAUCUUCGUGCCGCUAAAUUGAACGACAUAUGUAAUGCGGUAAAUAGAUUAUUCCAAAGACUCACAUACUGUAAUAAUCGUGAGUUAUUGUACGAUCUGUACUCGUACGUAUGGGAUAUGAGGGGAGUUGUUUCUCUUCUAAAUAGUUACGUGAAAUGGCUGGCGUUUGGCAGAUUCCCAUCGACGAUGACGACGUUUACCCAGGGCAGCUACACAUGGUUUUCAAAUGGUUGGAAAGAAACAUUUAUGAGUGGAGACCAGGAGCCAUGGGUUUUUCGUGGUGGACUUACGGCUGAUUUACAGAGAUUAAUUCCAGUUGAUAGUGGCAAUGAUUUGUUCGUCUAUAAAGCACCGGAAGUGCCCAGUAGUAAGAUAUAUACAAUUCGGCCAUACUUACCGAGUGAUGAAGAAGCGGUUUAUGCGGUGUGCAAUCAACUGAAUAAUUGUACAACUUCAUCAGCUGUAGCAGACAGACUCAUCGGAGGAUUUCUAACAUUAAGUCCGGAGUUAUGUAUGGUUGUUGAGGAUGAAAAUGGUGUAACGGGCUACGCAGUGGCUACGCUGAAUGUAAAAUCCUACAAUCAGAAAAUGGCUGUUUCCUCGAUUCCUGAACUGCGAAUGAAAUAUCCCUUAGACAAUAGCAUUAGCGAGCUGCCACAAAAUGUUCAGGAUGCUAUACAAUACUUUCAUUCAUUUAUUCCGGAUGUGUCGGAACAAUUGUGCAGACAACAUCCGUCGAAGCUUAUAUGUGGUAUAUUGCCAAGUGUGACAGAUCAGUCUAUUUGUAAACGUUUAAUAACCUGCGUUCUUGCAGCUUUAAGAGCAAAUGGUUCUUUCGGAGUACACACAACGAUGUCGUCAACGGACAAAGAAUCUCACGAAUUCUAUGGCAAGCUAGGCUUCGUUGAUUUAAAUCCGGCGCAUGAGGAAUAUCCUGCAAUUAAAACUAUGUGUAGAAGUUUCUAACAGAGAAUUAAUACUCCAAUGAUCCUCGUCAACAAAGUGUAUCUACUUGGACCAUCUCCCGGGAAAACAACGGUUUCUUAGGAUAACUCCUAAAACACAGAAGCUAGUAAUAAAUUUGAACGCCUUUAUUCAAGACCUUUUUAAACGUAACCUGCAAACGCGAUAAGUGUACUUUUUGGAGAAUGUUCGUACACUUGAAAACAUUAUUUCUAAUAUAUUCGAUAUAAUCUUUCUUAUAGUAUCGAAAUCUUUAAAUGUAUUUGAUACGAAUGUACACAUAUGUAUAUAAUAAUUAAUGCCAAGUUUUAAUAUUAUAGUAAUACUUCUAUUAAAAGGAGAUGAAUAAGCAUAAUUAUAUUAAAAGAAGAUGUAUAAGUAUAAUCAGAUUCGUUUUCAGUUCAACAUGAAUUAUAUUCUUUACUUUGUUAACACACAGUUAUGUUUAUUAUAUUAUUAAAAUAUAUAUAUGUAUUACUAUGCCAUAUAACACUUCAUGUAGUAUCUCAUUGGUUUAAUUCUAAUUGGAUUCCUUCUCAAACAUACCCCGUGUUCCUUUUUUACUGGAAGUGCUGAAAAUAUAUAGUUGGCGUCACGUAACUAUAGAUUUUCAGUACUGGCAGUGAAUAUAGGAACACGUCCAUAGUAUGUAUAUACAAUUUUCAAUAUGUGCGUGAUGAAAUGCCAGUGUGUUCAUUAAUGAGUUGGAACUUUAUUUAAGAAAAGUAUUUUCUUAUCGAAAUGAUAUGUAUGAAUGACUGAAUAUAGUUUUAAAGUGCAUUUUUUUUUAAAUGCGCUUUAAAGUUUCUUUUAAAUAAAUGUAAGAAAUGAGUGUGAGAAAUUAUGACACAAUUUAGAUUUUAACUAUGUAGUCCUAAUCUAUAUCUGAUAAUCAGAUGUAUAUUAUGUAUGAAUAAGUUUCGUAGUAUUCACUGCUCAACUACAAGCUUGUAAUAUACAUUGAAAUCUACAGCAGUAAGGUAUUUUAGGUUUCAUGUACACGUAUAUAUAAUCUCACAUAUAUAAUUUUUCUUAUGGAUUACUUUAAUUGGCUCUACAAAUGUAUGUAUAUAUCUCUUAUGUAAUGAAUAAAACUACGAAACGAUGUGAUGUUUUCUUUCUUAGACAUCUAAAAAAGAAAAUAUUACUUUGUCGUAAUCCAUUGUUAUUAGACAUAAACAAGAUAUAUGUUAGAUGUUCUUUUUUAUAUUAAUUAUUCCAUACAGACAUUACUUUAAACAAUUUAGAAGUGCACUAUUAAGUAUCAUAGAACGUAUUAAUUGCUAGAAAAAGAACUUUUUAUCUUAACUUUUAUCUUAAUACAAUAAGCGAAUACAAAAUUUAAAGCGCAAUGUCGUAAUAAGAACAAUAACGUGCAUUAUAUAUGUAUGUAAAAAAUAUUUGAGUGAUUUACUUCUUAUGUCUCUACGAAGGUAUUAAUAAAUUCACCAUUAACUGUACAAGUUAAAUAUAUUAAUGUAUGAAGUGUAUAGAAUUAAUAUAAAUAAUAACGUACAAGAUUAAAAAAAAUUAAUCAUAAAAACUUAUAUAGAUUAUUUGCCUUACAUGUAUUGUCAGUACUGACAUAAUAAUAACUUACUGUGCUAUUUAAAAUAGUUUUCCAAGAAUUUUGUGCAGUACCUUCAAACGUUACUACAAAGCUUCAUUGAGUGACACGUACAAAAAGAAAAGAAAUACAUCCUCACAGAUUUAUAUGCUAGAUUUUACUUGUACUUUGAUGGUAAUUGCUUUUAGAACUUUUGUACUGAAUAUAUUUGAUAAUGGAGUAAAAAAGAUAGAAUGCACUGGCAAGGAAACUGGAAAGGACACCAAUUUUUUAAAGGAUUCUUACCGUUAUUUUUGAAAUACGUAUAAUACAUCUUUUAAUAACUUUAUAUCUUGUUUCAUUGUUGAUAUUACGCGCUUUCUAUAUAUAUAUAUAUAUAUAUAUAUAUAUAUAUAUAUAUAUAUC